UACAUCGUCUCUGUCCUUCCAAAUAAGCCUGGCUGGCUAUAAAUACUGCUAGCUUUGCUCCAACGCUCCACCUCUCUCUCGCGUUCGCAUCUCUCGUUCAGAGUUCAGACUUCCCUUGCGUAUGAACAGCUCCAUGACAGCCACAACAUAAAGCUCCUUUUGCCAUCGAUUGCAUGCCUCGGUCUCCUCUACCAUUAAGCAAUUGAACCCUAGAUAUCCAGGAAGCCGGCCUGGUGCUUCCGGAGGCAGCCAUGAUCCCGCCCGUUGCUGAUCCGGCGAUGCUGGAGGGCGCCGCUCGCUCGCCGCUGCUCCCGGCGACCGACCCUCGGCGUGCUGCGGCCCCAGCCGGCGGCGCCGGGCAGAGGCGCCCGUCGUCUUCGACCGUUCUCCCCGCCGUCGUCUCCGCCGUGCUCCUGCUCGUCCUCGCGGUGGUCACGAUCCUCGCGUCGCAGCACGUCGACAACGGGCAGCGGGUCGUCAUGCCGCCAGCUGGCGGCGACGUCGCCGCCGCCGCGGGCCGCGUCGUGGAGGUGGCCGCCACCCGCGGCGUGGCGGAGGGCGUGUCCGAGAAGUCGACGGCCCCGCUCCUCGGCGGCGCCGGCGCGCUCCGGGACUACUCCUGGACCAACGCGAUGCUGGCGUGGCAGCGCACGGCGUUCCAUUUCCAGCCCCCCAAGAACUGGAUGAACGAUCCGAACGGUCCGCUGUACCACAAGGGCUGGUACCACCUCUUCUACCAAUGGAACCCGCACUCCGCGGUCUGGGGCAACAUCACCUGGGGCCACGCCGUGUCGCGCGACCUCGUCCACUGGCUGCACCUGCCGCUGGCCAUGGUGCCCGACCACUGGUACGACGCCAACGGCGUCUGGUCCGGGUCGGCGACGAGGCUUCCCGACGGCCGGAUCGUCAUGCUCUACACGGGAUCCACGGCGGAUUCGGUGCAGGUGCAGAACCUGGCGGAGCCGGCCGACCCCUCGGACCCGCUGCUCCGGGAGUGGGUCAAGUCGGAUGCCAACCCCGUGCUGGUGCCGCCGCCGGGCAUCGGGCUCAAGGACUUCCGCGACCCGACGACGGCGUGGCGGGUGCCCAACGACACGGCGUGGCGCGUCGCCAUCGGGUCCAAGGACCGGAGCCACGCGGGGCUGGCGCUGGUGUACCGGACGGAGGACUUCGUGCGCUACGACCCGGAUCCGGCGCUGAUGCACGUCGUGCCCGGCACUGGCAUGUGGGAGUGCGUGGACUUCUACCCGGUGGCCACCGGCAGCGGCGGCGCCGGUGAGAACAGCGGGCUGGAGACCUCGGCGCCGCCGGGCCCCGGGGUGAAGCACGUGGUGAAGGCCAGCCUCGACGACGACAAGCACGACUACUACGCCAUCGGCACCUACGACGCGGCGGCGGACACCUGGACCCCCGACGACACGGUGAACGACGUCGGGAUCGGACUCCGGUACGACUACGGCAAGUUCUACGCUUCCAAGACCUUCUACGACCCCGUGCUCCGGCGGCGUGUGCUGUGGGGGUGGGUCGGCGAGACCGACAGCGAGCGCGCGGACAUCCUCAAGGGCUGGGCGUCCCUCCAGUCAAUCCCGAGGACGGUGCUCCUGGACACGAAGACCGGCAGCAACCUGCUCCAGUGGCCCGUGGUGGAGGUGGAGAACCUCCGGAUGAGCGGCAAGAGCUUCGGCGGCGUCGCGCUGGGCCACGGCUCCGUCGUGCCCCUCGACGUCGGCAAGGCGACACAGUUGGACAUCGAGGCCGAGUUCGAGGUGGACGCGGCGGCCGUGGAGGCCGUGACGGAGGCCGAGGUGGGGUUCAACUGCAGCACCAGCGCCGGCGCGGCGGGGCGGGGCAUGCUCGGGCCCUUCGGCCUGCUCGUGCUUGCGGACGAGGACCGGUCGGAGCAGACCGCCGUCUACUUCUACCUUGUCAAGGGCACGGACGGCAGCCUCAAGACUUUCUUCUGCCAGGACGAGCUCAGGGGCUCGAAGGCGAACGAUCUGGUUAAGAGAGUCUACGGAAGCGUGGUACCUGUGCUCAACGGGGAGAAUCUGUCAGUAAGAAUACUGGUUGAUCACUCCAUCGUGGAGAGCUUUGCGCAAGGCGGACGGACGUGCAUCACGUCGCGCGUGUACCCUACAAGAGCCAUCUACGACUCCGCCCGCGUCUUCCUCUUCAACAACGCUACCAACGUUCACGUCACCGCGAAGUCCGUCAAGAUCUGGCAGCUCAACUCCGCCUACAUCCGGCCGUAUUCAGCGAGUUCUCUAUGAGUAGAGCGACAGGCAGAUGUGCCUGUGUAUGAACUCAUUUGUAGAGCAGUAUUGCUUAAUUAUUUGGUUUUCUUUCUAGCUCUUCCUCUGGAACUAGCGCACAAGCAACAAAUUGAGAAGAUGGAAGAGACAAGUGUAAUUUUUGGGACAACAAUAAUUAAUCUAUUGCAUGAAUAAUGCGCUUCAAGAAA